AACCUGUUGAAGAAGAUACAGAUCCUCUGGAUUGGUGGAAGGCCAAUAAAAGAACUUACUCUAUUCUUUCAAAACUUGCAUCUGACUACCUAAGUGUUCAAGCAACUAGCAUUGCUUGUGAACGAGUCUUUUUUCUAGCUG